AUGGCCUCACUGCUCGUCGCGUGGAGAGGAGAGCCAGGGCACGCAGCGCUGGACGGUGCGCCGCUAGUCGGAGGAGUGGGUCCGCGCCGCUGCAAGGGGACGCCGUGGCUACGGGUCGGGCCGCCGCUCCCCUACGCCCCUGCGGCCCACACAGCCGCAUGCACACGGCCCGCGCGCCCCUGGCUUGCGCCGCCGCAUGCUCGAGCCCCAGCCGAGGUGGGAGGGAGUCAUCGGGGUGGAGGGAUGGGCCGCCGCUACCUCCAUGGAUCUCGCCGGUGGAUGGUAGGGAGCUCAGUCACCUCCUCCAUGGAUGUCAUCGGGGUGGGGGAUGGGCCACCGCUGCCUCCAUGGAUCUCACCGUGGUGGAGAGGGAGCCACCGCGGUUGGGGAUGGGCCAUCGCCACCUCCAUGGAUCUAGCCGUGGAUGGUAGGGAGGCCACCGAAGGUGGUGCGGAGGCGCCGGGGGUGGGGAGGGCGUCCCCGUAG